CUUCCGUCAGCUGAGUGUUGUUGAGUAUGGAAUCCUAGAAGGGAUAUUGUCGCGGCGUCUCCAUUACAAAAACAAGCAAUCAUUAUAAACAAAAGCGCGACAAAGCGACAUUUCAUCAAAAGUUAUCAAAAUUUUAAUGAUACAUGAUCUUUGAUUGUAGUUGAAUGCCCCCAGGGAUUAAACUCAGCCACGGCAAUUACAAAUGCGCAUGUAUACGUCCGUAAAGUGUGUUUGUUGUUUAACGCCCAACUAAGGUAUCCAGGGACUGAUAUCAUAAGCAUUGAUCCACACACCCGACCCGAUCACGGUAGAACGCGUAGAUGGUGUAAAAUACGAUGCUAGUUUGUUCAUAAGCAGUCCUCAAUACGUCUACCUCGUCUGCGGCCCGUUUGUAUCCAGUACCGAGAUCGUGUAAAAGUGCACGUUCACCUCAUCCCGACAACGUUUCAAAGCAGUUCGAGCACGUCCGUAGCCGUUCUCAACCCGCUCUUAACCAGUUCAACCUCGUUCACAAUACUUCCAAGCCAGUUCAAACUAAUUCUUAACACGACCAACUCGUUCGCAGUACGUCCUCAUGUCGUCCCAAGUGCGUGUGUAUUAGCGUCCUGGAUACCGAGCGCGUUGUAGACAGUCUUCAUUCAAGUUCAGGGCUACGAGCUGUACACAUCAUGCCUCCAAAGAGACGUCGACCCGGUCGGUGUGCACACGUUCUGAAAUUUAUGUCCGACUGCACCACGUCGAAACACGUCCCUAGUAUGUUCGACGUACGGCAAUUCCGUUCGUUAUACGUCUUUCUCGUUUUAAGUAUGCUGCCAAUCCGACUAAUUGCAGAACGGGAUGGACGGGAUAAAAUUUUGAGCAGACUCAAAGUUCUAGAGCACCCUCCCCGUCCGAGCCCGUCCAUGAAGUUCGUAAAAAGACUGUCAAUAGUUGCUACUACAUCCACUACGUUCAUACACAGUCGACAACAUUUUCACGAACGUAUUGAGAACUAGUUUGGUGUGAUGGGGGUAUUAGACGAUUGAUUUGAAAAAUUGUUGAAUGAAAUAGAAAUGCAAAGAGUUUAUUUGUUGUGAAAACACUUUUAUAUUCCCUUUGGUACUUUGGUUUUAGAAUCAUUUAAGCUAAAAAAGAUACCAUUGGAGUUUGAAAGGGGGAAUAAAUAUUUCUGCGCAUGCUUUGAACAAUUCACUUUAAUGCAACACGUGCGCAACAUUAAAGGAGCAACACGGCAAAGCGACAUCAUCAUAUGUCGAAUAUUUAACGCCUUUUUUUACACAAUUUUAAAAUUGGUCGUCACAUCGACCAUGAAAAAUGUCACGUUUUUUAAGGGUAAAAUCCAACAAAAUAUUAUUGAAAGCGUGACAAUGCGACAAAUAUCGCAUUGUCGCGCUUUGGUUAAUUUGGACACGUUUUGUUUGUCUGUGUAAGUAAGGGGACAGCUCGAAAAUGUCUCUUCUUGGAUUCCAUACACUUUGCUCUGUCUCUAAAAAUCGCAAGUAUACGACGCGCAGAGAGAGCCGCUGACAGGCUUAUGGAACAGACACAUGACGUCAUAAACGUGUGACGUCACAGAAAGGAUACGUCACAUAAAGUCUUAGUCUUUUAUAGAAACGAGACGUGUUUUCUAUUCACGGAUGCUUUUUGCAGCGAUUUGAUCCAAAAUAGCUCAAGUGUUGCUUUGGACAUCGGUUUCCAUUACCUUGUUGGACAUGGAGUUUGAUCCUCAUCACGCUGAAGAUGUCCACAACGCGGCAGCAGAAAUGUGGCGAAAGUAUUUGUUCAUGGGGCGACAUGUGGAGUCUGUGUCCAGUCCAUCUCCCGUAGAUGUCCCGUCUCCCCCUUGCCAUCAGCACCACCUUGAAGACUGGCGGUUACCGCUUCAAUCAAGGAACGGGGUUCUCCGCUCACUCCCACACGACCCGUUCAUCGGCCUUACAAUCCGUGGCUACUUCUUCAGGGGAGUCAUAACCUCAGGUGGUUCAGCCACUGUGUACAGUGUGUUCAAGGAUGGCAAGGUGUUUGCAGCGAAAGUGUCACACCCAAGGAACAACGAGCCGGGCGAAGCUUCGAAAGUAUGGACCAAUGAAUACAGCAUACUCAGUCAGGUCCAACACAAAAACAUCAUCAAGGCCUACGACCUCUUUGAACACAAUGGGCGCCAGGUCUUGAUACUCGAGUAUGUCGGCGGAUGCAAUUUGGCGGAAUUCAUGGACAGGAGGUGUGUGGCUCGGAGACAAAGUUCGAUCAAGAAAAUCAUGAAACAAGUUCUGGACGUUCUUCAAUAUCUCCAUCAACAUAACGUAGCCCAUCAGGACAUAACACCAUCCCAUAUUCUCAUUGGACAGAGUGGAAAGGUCAAAAUCUUAAACUUUGGCGAUGCGACCAGGCUUGGCACGAACAGCUUGUAUCCACAGAACGAGGCAGGGGAUGUUCAAGAUGAUAUUAUCAAGUCAUUUGAUGUAUGGAGGUUUGGGGCGUCUGUAUAUGAAACUCUGACGGGGAAGACGCCACACUUUAUGGGACCAGACCGCAGUGAGCCUGACGUAUCUGGUGUUCAGAGUCCGGACAGAAAGCUAAUGUCGCUUAUUAAGAAGUGUCUAGAUUUAAAUCCUUUGUCUCGAAUUACAGCAAAAGUUGCUUUAAAACACGACUACUUCAAACGUUUUUUCAACUAAUUUUCCUUAACUUACACUUAAUUUUUAAAUUCAAAUGAAAUUGUUUACAGUUCAAUUGUCAGUCCUAAAAACACUUACUGAAAAUGUAAAUUCAUGUUCAAUCAAGAAUUUGUCCAGGAAUGUUUCAUGUAUGUAUAGUGUCUCAUGGAGAGGUAUUGUUUUACUGGAUUAUCUAUUGUUGUAAAUCAAUACAUAUACA